AUGCCUUCAGUAAACUCAGCUGUGUUCCAUGCGUACGCGUACGGUACUGCAUUCUGGUACGGUCUGCGUGGCAUGUGCCGUGUGUACGACCCUAUUAUGGUCAUCGGCUGGUUCCGACCUCCUUCGCAGCUGAACCUUGCGCCGAACGAUCUCGAAGCAUACAACGUGCGCAACGAUGGGUGGUGUCUCGUCACCCUUGCGUUGAUCCUAGUGUCCUUUACCAACGCUGUGCCUUUCAGCUCAGCACCUGCAACGAAGCUCACGUCAAUUCCGUAUGCGAAGGCGGUGGUGGCUGCGACAGUCUUCCAUCACAUCACAACUGGCAUCGGCGCGUACCAACACUACAAACUGCCCAGUCACUACAAUACCAGUAUGAGCAUUGGCGUGUGGGGCAAUGUGUGGCUGACGCUGACGGGACUUUUUACCUUGGCAAUGCUGCAGUCGAAUGCAGGAAAUACACCGGUCGAGGAGGUUGCUAAGAAGGCUAAAUAG